GUCUACAACGGUUUUCAACUGACUGGUGGCUUGUUUAAUCGCACUGUGACUCUUCACAUCGGAGACCGGUACCAAGUGUCUAUUCGGCAAAAGUUCAGCGGACGUGAUAUCUACCACUAUUUCAAAGCUACGGUGUUCGUGUCAGGGACUUUACCAGAUGUGGCACCAGGUGCUGAAGUGCAGUUCCCGGACUAUGAGGAAGAAUAUCGUAGAGAAAGGCCAGGACUUGUUCGAUCCUACACUGGGAUGGAUAUACUGCUCAAAGAAGGACUUGUUCGAUCAUAUACUGGCAUGGACAUCCUGCUUAAAGAAGGUGGGGAGACGAAAACGAUUAGAAUGACGGUGGAUCAACUAAUUCAAUUUGAUGAGUGUCCCCAUAGGACGUCUUAA